UCUGGGAACAUUUGGGAACAUCUGGGAACAUCUGGGAAAGGAGCGGAGAGGGAAACCUUGAGAGUCACGAGCGGAGAUGGAGGUCUGCCACACCGGCUUCUGCUCCGAGGACUUCAGCUCUCAGGAGGUUCCUGCAGGCUUCGACUUCACUGCUUAUGACUGCCCUGGUGAAGACCUGUCUUUUCUGUUAGACAGCAAAGCGUUUGGAGCUCAGCAGUACGGGACCAACAGCAGCUAUGAGCCGCCUAAAGCUGCACCGCUUUACGACUGCAAAGCAGGUGCUGCAGACGCCGGACUCUUCAACCUGGACUCAUACCAGGACUUUAACUGGUGGAGCUCAUACCCACAGGACGGUCUAACUGGGGACCAGUCCCAAACUGGAGGCUACCAGGAGGCCCAGCAGACCUACCAGAACCUGGUUCCUCAGGCCGCUCAGUUCAGCCCGGCCCUGGAGGGCCGCCACAGCCCCUUCCUGGCAGGAAAAGGAUCCAACCCCCUGCAGAAUAAAACCGAUCAGAGUUUCUAUGAAGCAGACGGACGCAGGCAGACAUCUUCCUUCUGGCCUGAAUAUCCAUCACCCAGCUUCACCUCCCCUCCUCUCCAGCCUCCUCAUCCUCCUUCCUGCCCUUCAAACUCCAGCAGCCAGCCUACAGAGCACUACUGCCCCCGUGUGGCCAAACGGAAGAGCACACAGGUCCCGAGGCCUGAGAGGGAGGGGCCUAUACCUGGGAUGUCAGCUUAUCCAGGUUCUGGUCCCAUUCAGCUGUGGCAGUUUCUACUGGAGCUGCUGCUGGACUCUGCCUGCCGGACGUUCAUCUCCUGGACAGGAGACGGCUGGGAGUUCAAGAUGUCUGAUCCCACUGAGGUGGCCAAACGCUGGGGUCAGUGCAAGAACAAGCCAAAGAUGAACUAUGAGAAGCUGAGCCGCGGCCUGCGCUACUACUACCACAAAAACAUCAUCCACAAGACAGCCGGCAAGCGCUACGUCUACCGCUUCGUCUGCGACAUGCAGGGCAUGCUGGGAAAGACGGCGCAGGAGGUCCUCAGCAGCCUCAACAUCUUACCCACCAACACUGAGACAUGGCCAUCCUCAGAGGGGGGCGCCUCUCAGCAGAGCGGGGGGGCCUGGGUGUCCCAGUAGGGAGCAGCACCCUGGUGGGGGUUGGGGGACGCCGCCGUGCGAACGGACAGGAACUCUGAAAGACGUCAGGAAAGCUUUUCCAAACCUCAGGACCGGUGCAGCUCAGCAAGCAGCUGUUUGAAGCACUACUGAUGCUACUGAUGCAUUUAUAGGAAAAGCUUGUAAAUAUUGUUUAUAAGACAAACAUGUAGAGUUCUGUGCAUUAAUAUUGUUAUUUUUUGAUACCAAACUCAUCUCUACCUCCUUUGGAACUGAGAAGAACUGCUGCUGAGUUCAGCCAGAGAAGGUUUUCUAUUGUUUGGUGUAAAUAAAAACAGGAAAUCACUGAUUGCUUAAAUGUUUGGAACA